UUGCCUCAUUGCUACUCCCUACCCCUGCUCCUCCUCCAGCUCUUGCAUCCUCCUGUCAGUUAGACUCCAUGGAGGCGGGACCAGGGUAAGGGGGUGAGGGGCUAGCGGUUUCCUUUGCUCUCCCCCUUCCCGCUCCGUCUCCGUGGUCACAGUGACGGCACGGCUGCCAUGGCCAGCUCUGUGGAGGACCUUCUAGAUUGUGACCUGCGCAAACUUGAACGCAUGGCCCAGGGAGAAGCACUCGUCAAGGCAAGUCGAUCCCUGUCCCGGACAGAACAGGAGGAAGAGGAGGAGGAGGAAGAGGAAGAGGAGGAUGAGGAAGAGGAGAAAAGUACCCUGCCAGAAGCAGAAGAUGUUGCCCCGAAACCCUCUGAUCCAGACUGGGUGGAGGAACGAUUCCGGAUUGACAGGAAGAAACUGGAGAUGAUGCUGCUCACCCCUCCAGAGGAAAAUGGCUUGUCUGGGGAGGAGUUUUUCAAGAAAGUGAUGAUAGAAACCAACACUCAGAUUAAAUGGCCUUCCAAAUUGAAGAUUGGAGCUAAGUCAAAGAAAGAUCCACAUGUAAAGGUCGAAGGGAAGAGAGAGAAUGUUCUGGAGGCCAAGAAGAAGAUACUAGAUCUUUUGGAGACAAAGGUGAACAAAGUAACCCUAAAGAUUGACGUGACCCAUACGGAGCACUCUCAUGUGAUUGGGAAGGGAGGUGGGAACAUUAAAAAAGUGAUGGAGGUGACAGAGUGUCACAUCCACUUUCCGGAUUCCAACCGGCACAAUGCCACAGGGGAGAAGAGCAACCAGGUGUCUAUUGCUGGGCCAGUUGAAGGAGUAGAGUCAGCUAGGAGGAAAAUACGAGACCUCCAGCCACUGGUUUUGACCUUUGACCUGCCGAUGAUGCUGACCUCCCAGGUCAUGCCGGAGGUCAGCUCCCCUGUGGUCCAGCACGUGGCCCAGGCCUUUGGCGUGAGCAUCAGCUUUCGGCAGCAGCCUAGGUUCUACAGCUGCAGCUGCGUAGUGCGAGGUCUGCAGGGGAACGCUGCUUCUGUGAAGAAGGCCACCUGCAUGCUAAUGGAGAUGUUCCUGGGCCUGGAGAAUCACGUUGCAGUCAGCACUCAGCUCGAUAUCAGUUCCCAGCAGCACCUCCUCCUCCUGGGCCACGGCGCGACCAGCUUCCUGACUGUCAUGCACAUGACCCACACUCAGAUAAUCCUGCCAGAUCUCAGUGCCCCUCAGAACCCCCCUUCAUUGCUCAUCCAAGGAGCUCCUGACGGGGUGUGCCUAGCACGGCAACAGCUCCUGGACUGUCUGCCAGUGUGCCUGAUGUUUGACAUGAGGGAGAAUGGAGAGGCGGACCCUCGCAAGCUCAGUCACAUAAUGCAAAAUUUGGGCGUCUUCAUCAGCAUCAAACCCAAGGUCAAGCAGACCGCCAAGUCGGUGGUGGUGAAAACGCUGGAGAAGAAUGCUGGCAACCUGUAUGAGGCUCGGCGACUACUGCUCAGAUUGGACCCCAGUGAGGUCACCAACGUUUCUACAAAACCCAAUGGCGACAUCACAUUAGCCGGCCUCAACAACCACUGGCUGAACAUAAUGAUGCAACAGCUUCGACUCUCUGAUCAAGGUGCUGCCACUGCACCAGAAGGAGUGCAGGGUAGUCCACAGCAGGUGAAGACCACACUCUCACCCCCACCAGGUCUUUCGGUUGUGCAGAAGGAGUGCGUCACAAUACUGAAAGAGUCAGACCCUAAGUCAGAGAAGGUUAUGGAGGAUAAAAGUCAGCUGAGUUCCUCAGAUCCUGGAAACGUCGUGCCUGGGGGCCAGAGAAAGGCUGCCUAUUUCCAUAGGAGAAGUAGUCAAUCAGAGGCCUUAAGAGACCAAAAUCCAGAAGGAAUUGCAGCCUUGUCCCACCAUGUGGCAACCCAGAACACUAACAAACUAAUAUUAAAUGCUUCCUUGAACUAUUCAAGGACAGAGAGAAGAAACAGUAGCAGAGAAGACACCAUUCAGACAGAUUCCAUUUCCACAAGCAACGAGGAUUAUGAUUAUGAAAAAAAGAGGCUCCUGGCGACGAGAGCGAUGCAGAAGAAGCCGGUGGAGACAGAAGUGAGGACUCCAACUGACACAUGGAGCGGUCUGGGCUUCUCCAAGUCUAUGCCCACAGAGGCCGUAAAGGAACUGCGAUCCAUCAGCCGCCGGAGCUACAAAUCAUAUCUUGGCACUGCCACCCAACAGAUGUGGACAUCACAGAAUGCCUGGGACAGAAUUCAUACUGGGAGCGACUCGGAGAACUGGCGGGAAAGACGAGGAUCCUCCCCUUCACCAUCUCUUCUGUCACCCUCCUCCUCCUCUUACUCUUCAUCUUCUUUGAGUGCCUCUUAUUCCUCAUUGUCCUUUAGGUCGUCGUCUCCCAGGGCCUCAACAGACAAACCCUCAGUGGACGGCUACUUUGAGCGUUCAUCUUCAGAGAGCAGGGCAGGGCCGGCGACUCACAACCUACCUGAGCUUUUAGGCCAGCUGGGCCUUAGCAAAUAUAUUGAGAUCUUCCAGCAGCAGGAGAUCGACUUUCAGACCUUCCUGACCCUGUCUGAUGCUGACCUAAAGGAGGUUGGUGUUUCCACAUUUGGUGCGAGGCGGAAGAUGCUCUUAGCCAUAUCCGACCUGAAGAACAGCAAGUGGAAAACCACAGAUCCACCAGUUGUGAAGCCAGCCUACUUGGAGGGUGGAGCCAGUGGCCGCCUGCCGCGGAUCUUGGAUGCCGAUGUUGCCAUUCGGAACAGCCGCUGGUGAGGGUGAUGUUUCCACCCCAACUUGCAGCUGUCGGUUCACUCCUUCAACUUCCCAAAAUCCAACUGCGGAUCAGGGUCACAAUAACUUCUGUUUUUCACCUGGGUUACAUCAUUAUGCUAUGCAAUUUGGUCACCACAGUCAUCGUAACCCAUAAUGCACCUGUGGAACACCAACGUUUGUUAUCCACUGCACACUUCCCAUUUAUUCCAUUGUCAGAACUUCCUCAAAUGUAUUCUGAACUUUUUAUAGGAGUGGGACUGGGAUAUGUGGGUACUUAUCGCUUAUUGGUGACCAACUGGAAAAAUAUCUCAACCAAAAUUAAGGCCAAUGCUCUUCUCAGAUUCUUUCCUUGAUUAUGCUGAUAUAUGUUUUGUGUCUUGAUACAAGUGACCUUGAUAUCAUGCUUCCUUGUGCAUACGUGUUGAAAAAUAUGGAAAGGCCUGGUCUGAUAGGGAUCUUUGAAACACACAUCAUACUUGUGUGUGCUAUGCAGAGACAAUGUGCUGUUCCUAUAUUAACUGUGAAAAAGUCUUAGGCCAAAAACAGUAUGUUUGUCAGGCCAUUAAUUAUUUAUUUGCUCAGAAAAAUGCUUGCUGUUUAGAAUUUAUACACAAAAAUUGCAAUACAGUAAAAACUAACGCUACCUACUUCUCUUCUCCAAAAAGUGGCAUAUCUUGUUGAAUGACUAGGAAAGUUAAAGAACACAACUUUGCUAGCCAAACCUCUGCUUUAGGGCACCUCAGCCAUUCCAUGUUUUAUAUUCAUGCACUGUCAGAAAAAAAAGUAGCAAUUUGUACCUUUGGGAAUGAAAUUGUCCCUAGGGCAGUAUAUACCCUCAAGGCUCUGCCAGUUGUACCAUAGCUGUAGGUAAAUGUACCUUUUAGUCUAAUUUAAGGUAUAGAAAUGGACUCUGAGGAACAUUUUUGUACCAUUGGGGUACUUUAAUGUUGUUUGUACCUUGGAGUACAAAACUGUAUCAGGGCUGUGCAAAUUUUUGGACAGUAUGAGGUCUAAAUGGCAAAGCUGACACACUUAAACAUAAUUUUCUUUGCUGGCUGAAGGCUUUUGCACAGUAAUAUACAUCUAACAAAGAUAUACAUUCUUAUCCACUUAGUCAAAUCACAUAAGCAUGGUUUCCAUUUAACUCACAUCUUAUGUGCCUUAAUUAAUUAAUUCCUCUGACAGCACCGGAGGAGCCCCAGAAAAAAGUGGGCUGGCCUUAACUAUGAAGGUGACCAUUGUGUCAGGUGCUCAAAGAAAGAGAAGCAAUGGUGGUAGGUUCACUUUGUGUUACCAGGUUUAAAAAAUAAAAUAGUCAAUACUCACUGAGAAAAAUGGAGGGAGGAGGCAUCUUAUCUUGGGGGGGCAUGGGUCAGUCAUGCCGGUCAUAUGUAGUUUUGACCUGCUUCCAUUAAGACUCAAAGAUAUAAAAAAUAUAAAGAGAAUGGGUAGGACCAGUCAUGGUAUGUAAAUCCGAGCUCCAUUUUCUGUACAUCUCCACCAAUCUGAAAAGGUGGUGAUGAAAUGUAUUCUAAAAAACAUUUUGUAUAUCCAAAGUUAAAAUUAAAGGAAUAAAAAUAUAUCGGUUUUUAUCAAGUUCAAAGGGC